GGGCGUCUUCGCGCGGGCCGACGGCUCGGCCUACAUCGAGCAGGGCAACACCAAGGCGCUCGCCGUGGUCUACGGCCCGCACGAGUGACCCGGAGCUCCACGUGCGCUGGCCCUGCCCUGCCAUGGGGCUCCUGUCGGACCCGUACCGCCGGCGGGCGCUGUCCCGGCUCAUCCUGCGCCUCAACACGCCGCUCUGCAUCCUCUGCUACGUGGCCGGGCUGGCCUGGUUCCUGGGCUUGGCCUUCCACCCCUUCACCCUGCGCACCUACAUGUCGGAGAACGCCAUGGGCUCCACCAUGGUGGAGGAGCAGUUCGUGUACGGCGAGCGGGCGCUCUCUUAUGCCCGGGAGUUCGCCGGCCACAAGAAGAAGGCCGGGGGCAUCCCCGUGGCCUGGCUGGAGAAGACCAUGUGGAACCUGGGCCUGGAGGUCUACAAGCAGCCCUUCUCCCGCACCCUGCCCUUCCCCGAUGAGGCGCGCGAGAGAUACAUGGUGAAGGGCACGAACGUGUACGGGAUCCUGCGGGCACCACGUGCAGCCAGCACCGAGUCGCUGGUGCUGAGCGUGCCCUGCAGCGAGGGGCAACAGAACAACCAGGCCGUGGGGCUCAUGCUGGCGCUGGCCUCCUACUUCCGAGGUCAGAUCUACUGGGCAAAGGACAUCAUCUUCCUGGUGAACGAGCACGACCUGAUCGGCAUGGAGGCGUGGCUGGAGGCGUACCACGAUGUCAACGUCACGGAGGUGCACUCGUCGGAGAUGCUUGGCCGGGCCGGAGCCAUCCAGGCGGCCGUCUCGCUGGAGCUGAGCAGCGACGUCAUCACCAGCUUUGACGUGGCCGUGGAGGGGCUCAACGGGCAGCUGCCCAACCUGGACCUGGUCAACCUCUUCUACGCCUUCUGCCAGAAGAACGGGCUGCUCUGCACCAUCCAGGGCAAGCUGCAGCGCACGGACUGGGACACGCUGCCGGCCUAUGUGCACAGCCUGCAGACCCUGCUGCUCAUGGUGCUGAAGCAGGGCUCGGGGCGGCCCCAAGGCGACCACGGCCUCUUCCUGCGCUACCACGUUGAAGCCAUCACCGUGCGUGGCAUCAACAGCUUUCGGCAGUACAAGUACGACAUGAGCACCGUGGGCAAGACCCUGGAGGGGAUGUUCCGGAAGCUGAACAACCUGCUGGAGCGUCUGCACCAGUCCUACUUCUUCUACCUGCUGCCGUCACUGUCCCGCUUCGUCUCCAUCGGCGUCUACAUGCCAGCCUUCGGCUUCCUCAUCCUUAUCCUCGUCCUCAAGGCCCUGGACCUGUGGAUGAAGCUGAGUAAAUGUGAUAUGGGCCCCGAGGAGCGGCUUUGCGACGGCAACCAGGGGGCCUCACACACAGCUACGGAGGAGUCCCGGCCCAGUCUGCUCACCCUGGUGCCUCCCCUGCUCAUCUGCCAUGCCACGGGCCUCGUCCUCUACUUCCUGCCCGUGCUGGGCCAGCACGUGGCCACGCAGCACUUCCCCGUCUCCGAGUCAGAAGCCGUGGUGCUCACCGUCAUUGCCAUCUACGUGGCUGGCCUGGCACUGCCCCACAACACCCACAGGGUGCUGAUGGGCUCCGGGAGCGACCGGGGCUGGAUGACACUGAAGCUGCUGUCCCUGCUGUACCUGGCCAUGCAGCUGGGCUGCAUCGCUCUCAUCAACUUCUCGCUGGGCUUCCUGCUGGCCGUCACCAUGGUGCCCGUCGCUGCCAUCGUCCAGCCCGUGGGGCCCAAGUACGUGUACGCGGUGCUGCUGGUGCUGGUCACGCCGGCCGCCACCCUCCUGCUCAGCAUCUUCCUGUACCAGGAGCUCAUCGAGUACCCGGUCUCGCUGCUGGAGUGCUGGCAGCUCUUCCUGCAGGCCGUGGCCGAGGGCCUCCUGGACCACUACCUCUACGGCUCCAUCGUCUUCCCCUUCGUCGCCAUCUUCGUCUACCCCUGCUGGCUGCUGCUCUGGAACGUGCUGUUCUGGAAGUAGCCGGGACGCUCGGCCCGGCCCCGCGGCUCCGGACUCGGGCAGGAAACCGCCUCUGCCGCCCCGCCGGCGGGCACCGCUGCCUGCUCUCCCCGGGGCCUGCCCGCGCGCUCUCAGUGGCUGCUUUCCUGGGCGAGGGGCCUUCACGCGGCGUGGGGACCUGUGGACGGACACGCGCGCUGCCCGGUGCUCCGUGACUGAUGUGGGGGAAGGAAAACCGGCUGCGCCCCAGGCCGAGCACCUGGCUCCGCUUCUCCACGGGGGUCUGCACCUCCUGGGGGGACACGGCAGGCAGGCGACGGGCCGAGUGUGGCACCAGACUGCCUGCGAGGGCCUUCGGGCCUGGCCCCCCAACCAGGCCUUGUCUGCGGGUGGGGGCCGCGGAGCAGAGCUGGGCACCAGCUUUUGUAAUAAAGCCAAAGGAUUGCCA